GUCGGCCAGAGUUGACGCGUUUCCACCGCAGAUCGUCCCGGAUGCGCGUCGUACGGGGUUGUCAUAUUGUCGGUCGUCGUCAUCCAUCGUCCGUCACCACCCGCCUUCAUCCUCACUAAAUACACACGUCACAAUCGUCAUUCGUCGUUGUCGUGCGUGCCAAUUCGAAUGGAAUUAGUGUGUUCAAAUUUUGAAGUGUUGUUUUCAAAAAAUCCAUCAGAAUCACGUUGUCAAAUUUGGGGAAAGUAGUGUGCUGUGCUUUUUAAAAAUGGGGGUCUCAAUGGUUCAGUGAAAACAACAAGAUCGAGGGCGGCCCUACCUUCUGGGAAAGCCUACCACGACACGACCACGGGAAUUUGUGGAGCCAGGAGAAGAAAAAGAAGCAAAACAGCCACUGUCGCCUGUGAGAGAAAACGAAGCAGGCUGGCUCUAAGGUGUAAAGUUAUUUCACCCAAGCAGUCCCAGUCUGUCAGUGCCAGUUUACACACACCCCGCGCGAUCAAAGUAAGCCAUAGGUAUAUCUUCAGGUUUUCGGCACUUCGCUAGGCCAGUGUGACCAAACCAACACCUUUGUGCAUGUGUUUCUGUGUGUGUAAGAGUGCGGUGCACCCGACUCACCUGUCAACUUUCUCGCCAAGCUACUACUACAGCGGAAAAAAAUUAGCAACAUCAUAUUUACAGUUGUUUUGGAAUUGGAAGCGCCGCAUCGCUGCUAAACAUUCACAUGUGGAUGCACCACCAGCUUUUGGAUACUGUUGAAUGAAUGAAUGAAUGAUCCUAACAGCCAGAAACGAGAAGCAAUCAACCACCUACCUUACCUUGUUUCGAAGUCUGAACGAGAGAUUAGGCCAUUUCUAGUAGUGGUUUCCACCAAAAUUGGAUCGAUGGACUUACUUGAGCCAACAAAAACCAGGGAACAUCUUCCAGAAGAACACAUAGGAUUUGUCGGACCGACAGCAUCUUCAGUUCAUUAAUCGUCUUCUCUCACGUGUGUGGUGCGUUUGGAGCCGAUGUUUUGGAGCAUUUGAAAGCCGACAAGAGAACAUGUAGGAAGGCCCCCAAAACAGCAGUUACAAACAGAAGAAAAAUUGGGGAAAAAUCAAGUGAGGAAAAGCAGAUAGCUAUCAGCUACAGUGAGAAAGGUAGAGGUGAAGAGUGAAGUGCAAAGCGAAAACCCGUUGAAAGCUUAUCUACUCCGUCGUGGCAGAAUGUGAUUGACAUGGAUACGGCAACAGCAACAGCAUCGUCGUCUUGGAUUUGAUACACGCCACAUGGUGUUUAUGGAAGACCGGACAGAUCUUUUCUAUCCCCGGACAGGUUGUAAUCCGAUUUGGGGCGAUGAACAUGACGAUAUAAAUGAGUAAGAAGUAUUCCUAGGUUGUUGGUGGGGUGAAGAAAAUCCGCCUGAUCCCAUCAUCUGGGACAUCAGUCAGGGGGUGGUCUGAGAUUAGCAGCAACUCUAGAAGAAAACAGCCAUCAAAUGUGGGUGACACUUUUCCAUGUUCCGUGUCAGCGUUAUUAAUGUGAACAAAAGUGAGUGUUGAUUGCGUGCGUGAUUACCUUCUCUGACGUCGUCUGACGAACGUAGAAGUAGAAGUUCCUCAUCAAAGAUGCAUGACCUGUUUACGACGGUCCUUUCGAAGCGGGAUUUGUCCCGGGCCGGGGAGCUGUUCUCGGUCGGCGACUACGAGAUUGUCAACGAUUUGAGCGAGGUGCUCGACGAAAUCUCCUCGAUCAUCAGCCACGAGGACUACCUGCAGAAUAGCAACGACCAGUCGGUGAUUGAGAUUUGCAUCAACCGGGUCACGUCAUGCAUCAAGAAGACCAACACUAUCGAGAAGCACUGUGCCGGGCUGGUGCAUCUACUGGAGACCUGCCUCAAGUACAACCUGAAACCGUCCAGCCGGGAGGCCGAUCCCCCGCACGCAAAAAUUUCCUCCGAUAUUAUUUCCAGUAUUUUUCUGAAUUACAACAAAAAACCUGUGAUGGAGGUGACUUUACCUGUGGCAGUCAAGUUUCUCAACAAAGGUAACCUGGAGCUGUCCCGAAACCUGGCCAGUUACCUAUCGUCGGCGGCCAUCGAAUACUCAUACCUGCUGUCACCUCAUGUGGCAAUAAUACUGGAAUCGUUGCUCAGCGGCAAUUAUGGCCUGUGCCACGUGCUGUCCCAGAUAUACGAUGCGACUCCCGAGCCGAUCAACGCGGAAGCGAAAAGGUUCGUCGAGAUCAUUCCCAAAUGCGAACUGCAGGAACAGAUUGUGAUUCUCCAGCUGCUGGUAACGAUCGUUAAAAAUCAGCCAUCGAUGCUGCUAGACAGCAUCCGUCAGCUUUUCGAUCUGGCCCUCAAACCUUCGAUUUCAACUGCCGCAAUGCUGGUCAUUCUCAAAAUAGCGGAGUACAAACCUCUGAAGAUGAUCGAAUACACCGAAGCGAUUAAAACUACUGCGCAUAUGGUACCGCAAACGGUGGGUUUUGCUGCCCAGACGUUGUCGGCCAUUGGUAAAACUAGCAAAGAACGAGCGCAGGUAGCUCUAGACUUUGUACUGGAAUAUCUACCCAAGGCGGAUCGUCCACUGCAGCCGAUCCUACUCAACGAGGCGACAAAACUCUGCACCAAGUACCCAGUUCUAUUCACCGAUAAGGUAACCUCAGUUGUUCGACAGCGGCAACUUAACAACAACCAGGUCAAGCAAACCUCAGCCGGAGUUACCAUCGUGAACCUCAACUCAUCUGCCACACUUCCGGUAACGACGACGGCAUCCGUUACAACUCCACCGGUGAUUCUGGACACGCGACCGAUCAUAUCCAAGAAUCCUCACGUUGCCGUCAUCAACCACAGUAGCAACGUCGUAAGCAAUAGCAGCCCAGCCGCAACGACGAAUCCAACGACCGUAACGAGUCCGGUGUCGACAACGGUGAUCAAUACCUGCAACGGUACCACGACAACUUCUACUAUCCAUCCGGUACUGUUGACCAACUUCAUCAACUCCGCCAACGCAACACCGACGAUGAACGGAGGCACCACGGUCGUUCCACAUCCGAGCUACACCCGGCGGAAGUUAGGCGACUCACGAAGCACCGGCCGGCUACAUUCGGGCGGUGGAGGCGGCAACAAAAGUAUGACCCGAUUGAACAUUGCCGGCGGUUCGGUGGGCGGCCUACACAAAUCGAUGACCCGGCUUAGCUCGUCGCAGAUGCUCGGGCAAUAUAAUGGAGACAUGGGCCCUCUGGACGAGUCGGGUAAGCCGCACCACGGAACCAGCACCGGAACCGGCGGAACCAGUACCGGAAUCGUGGCAGAUGGAAGCAGCGCUGGUGGUGGUUCCAACUCCAACAGUAACAUUCUCAACAGUCAUUCCAGUGGCAAUGUGGCGAUCGCCUUUGCCAACAACAAAAACAAUAGUGUUCAGAACUUUUCCUCACCCGUUCCUCCGCCGCUAAGUCAACAUGUGACCAUCACCGGUGAAAACAAGUGGGGUAUCCCUCAGACGAAGAUAACCUCCGGGGGUGUGACCGUGACAACAUCUCCCACCCGACCUCAACGACCCUACUCACAGGGACCGAACACCUUAAUGGGUUCAGCAGGUGCUCUAGGGAAAAACUCCUUAGGAGGCCUCAACCAAUCAUCCGGAUCCAUUGGGAUGGUCCACGUCCACCACGCAUCUCCUGCCUCACCAACCAUGUUCAACAAUCAUUCCCAGCAAACAUCACCCCAGCUCACGACUCUCUCGCUCAACUCGAACGAUGACAGUGGAAACCAGGUGAGCGUAUCCGGUCCAGCAACGGUAACUUCUCGACGAAACGACAACCGUAGUGUUACAAUCCUCAACGCCAGCAACACCCGGGUAAGCGUAUUCGAGCCCUACCCAAUGCGGGACACCAUUCAACAUUUUUGCGAGAAACACCUGGACAAAAUCAAAUCCUACACCAACGGAGUGGCCCAGCGAUUACCGCCUCCGGCAAAGUGUAUCAUCGAAGAACGAAGAGCAAAAAAGACAGCCAAGCUUCACUUUGCCUGCCAAGUCCGAGGACCCCACUGCCUGUACACGAGAACCAUGUUCACCAUGCGAACCCGAAACCCCCGGACCUGGAUCCAUCUCAUGUUUCUGGACCUACAAGCUCGGGCUCCCCAAAACGCCCUUAGCAGUUGGGAUCCGAGCGUAUCCCGACUUAAACACUGCUGGGAUACGUUGAAGUGUGAGAAUCGGACCUUCAUCACCCUGGUAACCAGUGCGUUCCCGAAUGUUAAAGAGCAGGAUGCGCUGGUCAAUGAACUGCGGAAUGCCGGGUUCUUCGAUGUGUUCGAGAUGGGUGCCGCCAGUACCCCGGAAGGUGCCAGCAGCGAGGAUCUGCAGUUUCAGUGGGGCUGCUUCCUGUGUCACCAUCCGGACAAAGCGAUGGGCUUCCUACACGGCAACAACCAACCAGUCAUCGAGGGCCAACUAAAGGAGAAGAAAGGCAAGUGGCGGCUGUUUCGACGGUGGCGCACCCGCUAUUUCACCCUGUCCGGGGCACAUCUUUCCUGCAAGGGUUCGACUGGAGGUGAAAGCAUCGACGUCAACCAAAUCCGUUCGGUUAAGGUGUCCCGCGGAGCUCGUAACAUUCCGAAGGCUUUCGAAAUUUUUACCGGGGAUCAGACACUAAUUCUCAAACCUAAGGACGGCAACAAGGCGGAGGAAUGGGUUCAAUGCUUGAGCAUAGUGUUGGCACAUUCUCAGGCUCGUGAUAGUCCAACAACCCGUACCAACAGCCUUCCUGCCCGGAGCAUCGGCAACAGUCGAACUGUCUUCUAGACGAAUGCAAAUUUUAAAAAUUAAAAAAAAACGCCACAACUCAAAUAAAAAAACAGCAGCAGCAUUAGAUACUUAAAGUGUUAACCUCAAAAGACUUAAAACAAACUUAAACAUUUACUUAACAUUAACAGCAAAGAUAAGUGAAAAACAGCAAACAAAAGGCCAACAUUUCCUUCCAUUAAAUGUUAGAUGUUAUUAAUCGUUAGAGUGUAACUGGUAGCUUGAAACUAUUCAACAGAACGACUAGAGACAAUCUCCAAUUACUAGUGAUAGAGAGCAGCAAACAAAAAUGCGCCAACAAACGAUAUAAAAAAAGUACUCUGCCCGUUGAUAGAAAUGUUAAGCCUAAUCUUAUAGUAUCAUAACUUAGGAUACAACAACAGUCAAGUAACGAAUCAAAUGUGUCAAUUUUGAAUUGAUUUCAAACAAAACAACAACAACAAAAAACUCAGAGCAUAUCGAAUGUCAAACCAGUCUUUCCGAAUAUUGUUAAUCGUUUUUUUUUUCUGUUAGAACGUAAGAAGUGAGACUAACAACAAUUUACGAAACUACGAAGCGCACGACCUUCCAUUGGAUUGGAGGAAUCUUUUUAAACAAUAUUUAUUCUCAAUACUAUAACAUUUUCUAGUGGGAGUGUUUCUUCCACUUUCCAUAAUCUUUCUCUCCAACCUAUUAACUAGUUCUAGGGAAAAUCGCGCCACACUUAGUGAGAUGAAUGAAAUUUUUCUUCCUGUUACUUCCUGAGUACCGUUAUUGUUAAGAGCCGAAUAUGAGAUCAGUUAACGAAACUUUCUCGCCCAUGUGUUGUAUAGCAGCAAUAAAACGUGAAAAUGCCCCCGGUAUGCUCAGAAGCAUUAUCUGCAUAUGAUGUGUAUUUACCGACCUAGCUACUCUAAGUACAGGCUAUUUAUUGAAGUAGAAAAUAAAUUUAAAAAAAAACCUUCGCUAUCUGAUGAGUGAGUUGAUU